AUGUAUAUCCCUACUGCGCAGAGCGUGCUGACCGCCGGCUUGGCGCUGACUGGCACAUUGACUGAGCCUUCGACCGUGAGCGAGGGCAAGGUCCUAGACUUCGCUGUUGAGAAAUGCAUUGAUGCCGACGGCAACCGCAGGUGCUCCGACCCUUUUCUCGUGACCAAGUCCACCUGCUAUCACUUCAAAUGGAGCACCGAGGGGACAUUCUCGCACACCACGGCCGAAGUCCGUGAUGCCGGAUCAAACGAGAUUGUACACUUCUCGGACACUGAUGGAGACUGGAAGCCCGAGAAGGGAGAGGUAAUCGCGCAUUCAAUACCCCCUUCUACCACAUCCCUUGACUCAAUGCUGACCAAUGCCCGCAACCAGCUGGUUUACAUCGACUUCAAGCCCAAGAUUCCCGGAACGGGCAAUUCGACGGUCGAGUACAAGGUCACAACAUGCGAAUAA